CCUUCCAAGAGCUCUCCCUUAUGGAAGAUCUACCUCCAGAAAUACAGUGCCGUUUCAGCCUCAAGCCAAAAUGUCGGGCUGCAGCCCAGCAACACCGAGAUUUGGAUCACAUGAUAUCUACAAGAACAUGUAUCAUCAACUGGGCCUGCUGCUGUCAUUCUGGCACUGAACUGGAGAACUCACCUGUGUCACCACCAUCUUCUUCUCCUGCCCCAGGGAAGUUCUUCGGAGUUGCCCUGCCGAACAUUUGCGACUAUGGCGAUAUUCCUUUACCUCUCUACGAUGUUCUUUUUUUCCUCAACGCCAAGGGACCCCUGACGGCUGGCAUCUUCUGGGUCCCUGGUGACAGUGACUCCUGCAAAGACAUUAUUGAAAAACUGGAUGCAGGAGUUGAAAUUGAUCUUGGGCGUGAAAAUCCCUAUGUCUUAGCAUGUGUGCUAAAGGAUUUUCUAAAAAACAUUCCGGAAAGCAUAUUUUCAAAAAGGCUCUACCACGAGUGGCUGUCCGUAAUGGAGAAAAGCAGCGACAGACAGAAAAUUGAAAAAAUUAAAAGGCUAUUAGACCAGCUACCAAGAGCAAACGUUGUGCUCUUAUGGUACGUGUUCCUGGUCUUAAGUAGUAUCGCUGAACUCUCCGCGGCAAAUGAAAUGGAUGCUUUACACUUAGGGGUGUGUAUGGCUCCAAGUAUUAUUUGGCAUCCUUCUGCAGGCAGAGAAGAAAUGGCCUCUGCAGAAAUGGCCUCUGCAGAAAAGAAAUGGAAAAUAAAUGCUUCUUUUUUUAUACGUUAA